GCAGGACCGCAGCGAAGCGGAGGCUGAGCCCACGGCGAGCUGGCACAGUAGGCCGGGCUGCAGAGACGGUCACGUCAGCGUCCAUUCACGGCCGACUGGCGGCCUCGGCCCGACGUGGACGUCAGCACUGAUGUUAAAAAUAAUGGAUGUCUCGCGGGGCAGGGCGCCAAGGGUACCGCCGGAGACCAGCGGCCCAGGAAGGCGCGUCCAGGCCCCGCACUCACUUGCUGUCUUCCUCUCCAGCUUCCCGAGGCCCCAGACCCUCUGAGGAUGCGUCUUCAGGUUUCCCGGCCAUGUGAUGGCGGAAGGGACCUCUCGCCCCACUUGCUCCUUAUUUUGACACCCUGGGCAGUAACGCAGAGUGCAGUUAGGGACUGGCUGGGGUCAUGCGCUGAGCAUUUGAGGUGGGGUUAGGCAGAUGAUCAGCCCCAUUUUCACCCAGCUGUGUGUUUCGGGCCUCCUGGGCCAGACAAGUCUGGGACAGUGAGUCUUGCCUCCAUCAGCAGCCAGUGGGGAAAGAAGCUCUGUCUGAGUCUAGGCUGGUUUUUUGGUUUUGUUUUUUGGUCCCGAGGGUGCUCUACCCAUGAGCUACAUACAUCCCCAGCCCUUUUUAUUUUGAGACAAAGUCUCAGUUGCACAGGCUGACCCACAAAUUGGAGUCUUCCUGCCAUACCUCCCUAAUAGCUGAGAUUGCAUGCAUAAAUUCCUGCACAUGCAUAUAUACACUGUAAAUUCCUGGUUAGGGUUGGGUACAAAGAGCAGGGUUCCAGAAGCAAACUCAGAAGGUUCCCUGGGGUCAACAUGAUAAACGGGAUCAAGAGGGUCCUAGCUCCUUCUCUGCAGCCUCAGACAUCCCCUCCCAGGCCUGCAGCCCUUGUCACCAGGCUGUGCAUCUCCCAUGUGUGAAGGGCCCAAAGGGCAGUGUCCACCUACCACCCAGCAGCCUGUCAUCACUUGAGGUUGAAUAUGUCAGCCUUGGCAUUGUUUGUGCCUCAGAGAAACCCAUAAGCUUUCCCGAAGGAUGGGGCAAAAAAAGCGAAUGGCAGAGAAAGAGUUGCAGCAGAGCCCACUGGACACAGCCCAGUCGCCUUCCCCAAAGGAGCCCCACUUGAGACAAGCCUCUUCCCUGGGCCCCCAGCGCAGCAUCUAUUUCUCCAGCCCAAAGGGCCACCCUGCCCGGCUAGGAACAGAGUUUUUUGACCAGCCAGCCAUCCCUCUGGCCCGCGCCUUUCUGGGACAGGUCCUUGUCCGGCGACUUGCUGAUGGCACAGAGCUCCGUGGCCGCAUUGUGGAGACCGAGGCAUACUUGGGACCAGAGGAUGAAGCUGCCCACUCAAGGGGUGGCCGGCAGACCACCCGCAACCGCGGCAUGUUCUUGAAACCCGGGACCCUGUAUGUGUACAUUAUCUAUGGGAUGUACUUCUGCAUGAAUGUCUCCAGCCAAGGGGAUGGCGCUUGUGUCCUACUGCGAGCACUUGAGCCCCUUGGGGGUCUGGAAACUAUGCGCCAGCUUCGCAACAACCUCCGGAAAGGCACGCUUAGCCGGACCCUCAAGGACCGUGAGCUUUGUAACGGUCCCUCUAAGCUGUGCCAGGCCUUGGCUAUUGACAAGAGCUUUGACCAGCGGGACCUGGCCCAGGACGAGGCCAUGUGGCUAGAGUAUGGUCUGCUGGGCCCCAGUAGACCAGCCGUGGUGGCAGCAGCCCGUGUGGGCAUUGGCAACGCAGGGGAGUGGACCCAAAAGCCCCUGCGCUUCUACUUCCAGGGCAGCCCAUGGGUGAGUGUGGUGGACAAAGCAGCUGAGCAGAAGAACACACAGACCUGAGCAAAGAGCCCACUCAGGCUUUUUUUAAUUGUUUAAAAACUAAAUAAAUGUUUUGCUUCUAGGGAA